AGAUGAUGAAUAGAACCAGUGGGUACUUUGAACGGUUGACUGGUCAAAUUAUCUACAAACUAAUUUUGCGUAUAAAGUAUUACCUGUAUGGUAUGUACAGGUGUGUAGCUACUGCUGAUGGUAUAGAAGAGAAUGCUACAUCAACUCCAGCACUUGUUACUGUAUCACCCCGUGGCAGUGUAGUUGCUGAUCCAGAGUAUCGUACAGUAUCCAUUGGUGAUACUGCUAACUUUACAUGUGGAGCUCAAGGUGGACCUGGGAACAUGUUUCGAUGGGUCAAAGGAAACUUUACUGGUCCUACUUUAACUGCUCCUCUUAAUGUCAGCCAAUUCUUGAAUAGUUUAAGCAUUUUUCGAUCAGGCUAUGAACUCUCAUUUACUGUGAGUGGAGGAGCAGCAGAUGGUGGCUAUUAUACUUGUAUAGUAGUCAAUGAAGCUGGUUAUGAUACUGAUAAUGUUAGUUUGCUAGUGAGGCCGCAGAUAGUCACGAAUCCAUUGCCACAAUAUGCAGAAGUUGGAGAUAAUGUUACAUUAACUUGUGAAGCUGAUUCCUUCCCAGCCCCUAACUAUCAGUGGGAGAUGAUGAAUAGAACCAGUGGGUACUUUGAGCCUUUGACUGGUCAAACUAGUUACGUAUUAACACUGGAGUCUAUCAGUUAUAGUCAGUAUGGCAUGUACAGGUGUGUAGCUACUGCUGAUGGUAUAGAAGAGAAUGCUACAUCAACUCCAGCACUUGUUACUGUAUCACCCCGUGGCAGUGUAAAUGCUACUCCAAUGAAUCGUACAGUAUCCAUUGGUGAUACUGCUAACUUCACAUGUAGAGCUCAAGGUGGACCUGGGAACAUGUUUCGAUGGGUCAAAGGAAACUUUACUGGCCCUACUUUAACUGCUCCUCCCCUUAAUGUCACCCAAUUCUUGAUUAGUUUAAGUAUUUUUCGAUCAGGCUACGAACUCUCAUUUACUGUGAGUGGAGGAGCAGCAGAUGGUGGCUAUUAUAUUUGUAUAGUAGUCAAUGAAGCUGGUUAUGAUACUGAUAUUGUUAUAUUGUUUGUGCCACCAGUAAUAGUGUUAAAUCCAAUAGAUCAAUAUGCUCAUCCAGGAGAUACUGUUACCAUUAGUUGUAUGGCUGACUCCUACCCUCCUCCCACCUAUCAAUGGCAGGUAUUAAACACUGAUACUAAUAUGUAUGAAAAUAUUCCUGGUGCAACAAUGUCCAGUUACACCAUUGAAGACAUUGAUUAUGAUCAGUUUGGUAUGUAUCGCUGUGCAGUAACUACACCAAUCAUUAAUGAAAGAAUAUACUCCCAACCAGCACUGAUUACUGUAUCUCCUAAUAGCAGUGUCAGUAUUGAUCCUGAUUUACACAUAGCUGAUAAUGGCAGUGACAUUACCUUUACCUGCUCAGCUAAUGGAGGCCCAAACAACACAUUCCUUUGGGUCAGAAGUGAUGAAUUUGAAAAUCUUAUAAGUCUAAGUUCUAUUCUACAAAACCUUCCAUUUCAAAACACCAUUUCAGUACAAGACGUAGUAGACGAACUAUCUACCAUUACUUUAGAAACUGGCACUACUUUUAGCAUUUACAACAUCAAUGCGACGGAGGACGGAGGUGAAUAUCUAUGCAUAGUCCUUAAUGAAGCUGGUGUUGAUUCAAACAACACACUCCUCCUUGUACGGCCAGUCAUCACAUUACAGCCACAAGAAGUGCUCACUGUCGCUAACGUCAGUGUAUCAUUGAACUGCCUUGCUGACUCUUUCCCAGCCCCUUAUUAUCAAUGGAGAUACACACCUGCUAAUGGAAUGCCUCAAUUAGUACCUGGAGCUAAUGAAUUUACACUGGUGUUCCCUUCAAUAAAUUAUGAGGAGUUUGGUCCGUAUGUUUGUAUUGCUUCUGCUGAUGGUAUACAAGAAACUGCUACCUCAGAUACUGCUGUUGUUACUGUGUCUCCAUUGGGUAGUGUAUUCAUUACUCCUCAAGUGAAUAACUCGUUUGAGAAUCAAAAUGUAACUCUGGCCUGUGGCGCUCGUGGUGGACCUAACAAUGGCUUCCAAUGGAAUUAUACUAGAACUGGAGCAAUAGUGGGAAUGGAUCCUGAUUAUACAUUAACUACUAGUGUAGAGACUGCUGGAUACUAUCAGUGUAUUGUUAGUAACAGAGCUGGGAGUGAUGAUAAUACUGCUACUGUUAAUGUUGGUCCAGUUAUUACAGUCAAUCCAGUCAGUAUCAAUGUCAGCAUUGAAGUAGAAAAUAUCACAUUAAACUGUACUGCAAGAGGAUUCCCUGUACCCACCAUUACAUGGGCACACAAUGAAUCACUGAUUACAUCAACUGAAGAUGAGAUCUUCAUAUACACUAACCCUACCUCAUAUCUACGGACUGUAUUAAGUACAAUAGUCAUUAACUCAGCAAUGGCUAAUAACACUGGGGACUAUGUGUGUAUAGCUAGUAGUCCUUUCUAUAAUAGUGUCAAUAGUACAGUGGCACUGGUCCUUGUUCAAGAUGUUCCUGACAUACCAGUUAAUCUCAGUACCUCUGACGUUACCUCUCGUAACCUAACCCUCUCGUGGGACGAACCCCAUCACAACAAUGCUCCUAUCCUUGGAUAUGAUGUUGCAUACACUGAGCCUGAUUUCUUAGAUCGAAGGAGCAUAGAACUAACUGUUAAUGGAUCAAUAGAGACUCUGUUUAUUGAUGGGCUACAUCCAGGAGUUACCUAUAAUUUUACUGUCAAUGCAUUCAACGAGGAAGGAGAUAGUGGGUUUAGUGAGCCGUUUACUCAACGUACUCUUGAAGAAGUUCCCUCUGGAUUCCCACAAGGCCUCUCAUCCUCCACAAUAAACUCCACUGCAGUUAAUGUCACGUGGAUGCCGGUACCACCAGCUCAAAGGAAUGGUAUUAUAACUGGGUAUACAAUAUUCAUCACAACUGAUGUAGAAUUUGUCAACGAUACGACUCAAGAUAUAACAUCAGCAGCUACACUGCAGUACACAUUCACAAGAUUACAAGAAUAUGUUAACUAUACAUAUACUAUACUGGCUAGGACUGCUAUUGGGGAUGGACCUAUUAGUGGUAGUACUACUAGUCUCACUAAUGAAGCAACUCCUGCAAGUCCACCACAAGAUUUUACCGUCGACAACAUAACCUCAAACACCUUCACACUCUCAUGGUCUCCUCCAAUAGAGCGAGACAUUAAUGGCGUCAUUGAUCUCUACACCAUCAGAUAUUUUAUCACCGAGCAACUAGGAGUGGACCCUGUUGAUCCGUCAAUCAAUGUCCGCAAUGUAUCAGCUACUAGUGUGACAUGA